CGGAGGUUCCCAAGGCUGGAUUUCCUAUUGAUUUCCUCCUCCUUUGCUUCCCCAGGCUCGCGCGGCCGGACAUUGUGGGUGUGCGUGCUGGAUUUCUCCCGGAUGCUCCCCGACUAACAUGGAUGUCCCACCAUCCCUUGCAGUGGAAGGUUGCUCCUUGGCGCAGUGAGUGAGGAACAUGCAGCGAUUGCUAAUGGGUUUGGGAAGCGGAGACUCCUUCCUCUCUGUGACCAUGCCGUGAUCGUGUCUGCGGCCACCACUCGACGCAUCCUCAUUCCUAUCCGAACCGGGAGCCUAACGCUAGAUCGGGGAAGUGGGUGCCGCGCGUGUGGACACAGAAACACCAUGAAGAUUAUUUCCCCGAUUCUAAGUAAUCCAGUCUUCAGGCGCACCAUUAAACUCCUGCUCUGCUUACUGUGGUUUGGAUAUUCCCAAGGAACCACACAUGUAUUAAGAUUUGGGGGCAUUUUUGAAUAUGUGGAAUCUGGGCCAAUGGGAGCUGAAGAACUUGCAUUCAGAUUUGCCGUGAAUACAAUCAACAGAAAUAGAACGUUGUUGCCCAAUACCACCCUGACUUAUGACACCCAGAAGAUAAACCUCUAUGACAGUUUUGAAGCAUCCAAGAAAGCCUGCGAUCAGCUGUCUCUUGGGGUAGCUGCCAUCUUCGGGCCCUCACACAGCUCUUCAGCAAAUGCUGUGCAGUCCAUCUGCAACGCUCUGGGGGUUCCCCACAUACAGACCCGCUGGAAGCACCAGGUGUCAGACAACAAAGAUUCCUUCUAUGUCAGUCUUUACCCAGACUUCUCUUCCCUCAGCCGUGCCAUUUUGGAUUUGGUGCAGUUCUUCAAGUGGAAAACCGUCACGGUUGUGUAUGAUGACAGCACUGGUCUCAUUCGAUUGCAGGAGCUCAUCAAAGCUCCAUCAAGGUAUAAUCUUAGGCUUAAAAUCCGUCAACUACCUGCUGAUACAAAGGAUGCAAAACCCUUACUAAAGGAAAUGAAAAGAGGCAAGGAGUUCCAUGUAAUCUUUGACUGUAGCCAUGAAAUGGCAGCAGGCAUUUUGAAACAGGCAUUAGCUAUGGGAAUGAUGACAGAAUACUAUCAUUAUAUCUUUACCACUCUGGACCUCUUUGCUCUUGAUGUAGAGCCCUACCGAUACAGUGGUGUUAACAUGACAGGGUUCAGAAUAUUAAAUACAGAAAACACACAAGUCUCCUCCAUCAUUGAAAAGUGGUCAAUGGAACGGUUGCAGGCACCACCGAAACCCGAUUCAGGUUUGCUGGAUGGAUUUAUGACGACUGAUGCUGCUCUAAUGUAUGAUGCUGUGCACGUGGUGUCUGUGGGCGUCCAACAGUUUCCCCAGAUGACAGUCAGCUCCUUACAGUGUAAUAGACACAAACCCUGGCGCUUCGGGACACGUUUUAUGAGCCUAAUUAAAGAGGCACAUUGGGAAGGUCUCACAGGCAGAAUAACUUUCAACAAAACCAAUGGCUUACGAACAGAUUUUGAUUUGGAUGUGAUCAGCCUCAAGGAAGAAGGUUUGGAAAAGAUUGGAACUUGGGAUCCAGCCAGUGGCCUGAAUAUGACAGAAAGUCAAAAGGGAAAGCCAACCAACAUCACAGAUUCCUUAUCUAAUCGUUCUUUGAUCGUUACCACCAUUUUGGAAGAACCCUACGUCCUGUUUAAGAAAUCUGACAAGCCUCUCUAUGGGAAUGAUCGAUUUGAGGGCUACUGCAUUGACCUCCUCAGAGAGUUAUCUACAAUCCUUGGCUUUACAUAUGAAAUUAGACUUGUGGAGGAUGGAAAAUAUGGAGCUCAGGAUGAUGCCAAUGGACAGUGGAAUGGAAUGGUCCGUGAACUGAUUGAUCAUAAAGCUGACCUUGCAGUUGCCCCACUGGCUAUUACCUACGUUCGAGAGAAGGUCAUCGACUUUUCCAAGCCCUUUAUGACACUUGGAAUAAGUAUUUUGUACCGCAAGCCCAAUGGUACAAACCCAGGCGUCUUCUCCUUCCUGAAUCCUCUCUCCCCUGAUAUCUGGAUGUAUAUUCUGCUGGCUUACUUGGGUGUCAGUUGUGUGCUCUUUGUCAUAGCCAGGUUUAGUCCCUAUGAGUGGUAUAACCCACACCCUUGCAAUCCUGACUCAGACGUGGUGGAAAAUAAUUUUACCUUGCUAAAUAGUUUCUGGUUUGGAGUUGGAGCUCUCAUGCAGCAAGGUUCUGAGCUCAUGCCCAAAGCGCUCUCCACCAGGAUAGUGGGAGGCAUUUGGUGGUUUUUCACACUUAUCAUCAUUUCUUCGUAUACUGCUAACUUAGCCGCCUUUCUGACAGUGGAACGCAUGGAAUCCCCUAUUGACUCUGCUGAUGAUUUAGCUAAACAAACCAAGAUAGAAUACGGUACAGUGGAGGACGGCGCAACCAUGACUUUCUUCAAGAAAUCAAAAAUAUCUACGUAUGACAAAAUGUGGGCCUUUAUGAGUAGCAGGAGGCAGUCAGUACUCGUCAAAAAUAAUGAAGAAGGAAUCCAGAGAGUCCUCACCUCUGAUUAUGCUUUCCUAAUGGAGUCAACAACCAUUGAGUUUGUUACCCAGCGGAAUUGUAACCUGACACAGAUUGGCGGCCUUAUAGACUCCAAAGGUUAUGGCGUUGGCACCCCCAUGGGUUCUCCAUAUAGAGACAAAAUCACCAUAGCAAUUCUUCAGCUACAAGAGGAAGGCAAGCUGCACAUGAUGAAGGAGAAAUGGUGGAGGGGCAAUGGCUGCCCGGAGGAGGAGAGCAAAGAGGCCAGUGCCCUGGGGGUUCAAAAUAUUGGUGGCAUCUUCAUUGUUCUGGCAGCCGGCUUGGUGCUCUCAGUUUUUGUGGCAGUGGGCGAGUUUUUAUACAAAUCCAAAAAAAACGCUCAAUUGGAAAAGAGGUCCUUCUGUAGCGCCAUGGUGGAAGAACUGAGGAUGUCCCUGAAAUGCCAGCGUCGGUUAAAACACAAGCCACAGGCCCCGGUUAUUGUGAAAACAGAAGAGGUCAUCAACAUGCACACAUUUAACGACAGAAGGUUGCCAGGUAAAGAAACCAUGGCAUGAAGCUGGGAGGC